AUGUCGAACACAAGUCAGCCCCAAACCAAGGCCGAACCGACACAGCAGCCCCAGCAAGAACAGAAGCCCCCGGUGCUGGAAGAAGACGACGAGUUCGAAGAUUUCCCCGUCGAAGACUGGCCCCAGGAGGAAUCCGAGCAGGCAGGCGCCAACGGGACAGAAAACCACCUGUGGGAGGAGAGCUGGGACGAUGACGAUGCGGCUGAGGAUUUCUCAAAGCAGUUGAAAGAGGAACUGAAAAAGGUCGAAGCAUCCCAUUAG